UUCAACAUGAAGUGUCCACGAGUUCUCCUGUCUUCUGUGGCUCUGCUCACCCUCUUCCUCCUAGUUACUGGAGCUCCUUUCCAGAGGCAACUCCCCAGGAACAAGUUGCUCCUGAUUUCUUUUGAUGGUUUUCGUUGGAACUAUGACCAAGAUGUAAAUACUCCCAAUUUGGAUUCCAUGGUUAAAGAUGGCGUGAAAGCUCACUACAUGAUCCCAGCUUUUGUCACCAUGACUAGCCCCUGCCACUUCACCCUGGUUACUGGGAAGUAUAUUGAGAAUCAUGGUGUUGUUCACAACAUGUACUAUAAUACCACCACCAAAGUGAAGCUACCCUAUCAUGCCACACUGGGAAUUGAAAAGUGGUGGGACAAUGGCAGCCUGCCCAUUUGGAUCACUGCCCAGAGACAGGGCUUAAAAACUGGGUCAUUCUUUUACCCAGGUGGUAAUGUCAGCUACCAAGGUGAGUAUGUCACUAUGAGCAGGAAGGAAGGAAUAAUUCAUAAGUACAAUGAUGAGAAAGAAUGGAGGCAAAAUAUUGACACAGUGAUGAAGUGGUUCACAGAAGACGGCCUGGACUUGGUCACCCUCUAUUUUGGGGAGCCAGAUUCCACAGGUCACAAGUAUGGUCCUGAGUCCCAAGAGAGAAAGAACAUGGUAUCACAGGUGGACCGAACUGUAGGUUACCUCCGGGAAAAGAUUGAGAUGUAUAACCUCAAGGAUAACCUCAACUUGAUAAUUACAUCUGACCAUGGUAUGACCACUGUUCUAAAGAAUGCCAGUGAUUUGGUCGAAUUUCACAAGUUUCCCAACUUUACCUUCAAGGAUAUUGAGUUUGAACUCCUAGACUAUGGACCUAAUGGAAUGCUACUUCCCAAAGAAGGGAAUCUCGAGAAGGUGUAUGAGAUCCUUAAGAAUGCACAUCCUAAACUCCACGUCUACAAGAAGGAAUCUUUCCCUGAGCGCUUUCACUACGCCAAUAAUAACAGAAUUACUCCACUGGUCAUGUAUAGCGAUGUGGGCUAUGUCAUUCAUGGGAGAUACAGCGUCCAAUUUAACAAGGGGGAGCAUGGUUUUGACAAUGAGAACAUGGACAUGAAGACUAUCUUCCGAGCUGUGGGUCCUGACUUUAAGAGUGGCCUGGAAGUAGAACCCUUUGAGAGUGUCCAUGUGUAUGAGCUUCUUUGUAAACUGCUGGACAUCAAACCAGAAGCCAACGAUGGGAACUUAACGAUCACUCUGCCCAUGCUACGUUCAGGUUCUUCCCAUCUGUCAUAUGGGAAGCUGCCUUUGGGACUCAUGAUGGCCAUGAUCUUACUGAGGACAAUCUUCUAA